AUGCACAUCGCUAAUUUCCGCGUGGCUCUCCUCUGCGGAGUCACCCUCGCAAAUCAAGACUGCACCACAACCUCCCAAUCCCCUUCUUACUGGAACAUCAACGAUCUGGUAUUAAAGGUCUACGACUGGGACAAGGGUGGUUCGAUGGGAACAUUUGGGUUUACAUCAUUUUCCUCAGCAACAAACAAGACGGUGGAGUGUCUGGCUCAGGACGUUGAUCUAGCAAACUUGGGGGAGGAUGGGUCGUGGUCAAAGUGCAGUGAUCCUGGGGUAGAGUUUCGGUUUGAUUUCGAGGAGAUGAGCUUGAGUUUGAAGGAAACGUGGACGUGUGAAGGGUCUCCGGGAGUUACCUUCAGUGCCAACGCGACAGGACUUAUGAUGUUGCAUGGUUGUCUGGAUAGUGAUACAGAUAAGGGUGUUGAGUCUGAUUGUUAUGUCAUGGAGUUUGACAUGGCGAGUGAUGUUACCACUUCAGCGGUGAUAUAG